AUGGACUACAAAGCAGAGCUGCAGGCUGAGUACAGGGCGUGGGACAAUAAAAAAGUGAAAAGACAGCAUCGUGCAAUACAGGUCAAAGAGUACACAAUAGAGCAGAUAUAUCACCAGGUGCAAAACAUAACCGAUCUUGCAGUGAAGGACGUUGAAACGUACUUGAUGGACUACAUGAACAAAGAGGGCGAGCUGGCCAGCGAGGAGAGCGAGGAGGUUGAAGAGAGCGAAGGCGCAGACGAGCCUUCUGCGGAGAGCUCCAGCGAGGGAAGUAACGCUGAGGCUGAAAGCGGGCCUGCCUUUGAGGUGGGAAGCAUCUCUUCAGAAACCGCUGAAGAAGACAGCAACAGCCGGGGCAGCGAGGGCCCAGAAGACGCGCCGUGCGGUGAGCUGAUUGAUGCGCUGAUUGAGCCAUCGGAGGGCGAGGCUGACGAGGCAAGUGGCGAGACUGGGUGCGAGCAGGAAAGCUCAGAGUAUGACUAUAACUCGGACGAGCUGGACGACAUAUACAACUAUCUGGAAGGAGGCGCGGACUCGAGUGAGAUGCUGGACGAGCCUGCGCGAGAGACGCUGCGAAAGCUGAGAAAGUAG